AUUGACCUCAAUAUUGCCGUGGAUCUGCAACCUCUGAGCCAUGUAUAUGCUACCCUGCCGACCGUCCCCGUCGAAAUGCACAUCCUUGACAUUCGUGAUUAAACGCCAUAUAUCGCGGGCUGCCUCAAAACACCACGUCCGCAUGCGCGCCCUCGUCUCUCUAUACCACCAGUGCGACACCUUUGUGACUCCCGAAAACCUCUCCCAGAAGAUAGAUGAAGCCUUUGUUCCCCGAACAAAUAAUCUCACCUACAACUCCAACUUCGAGAAACGCAGUUUUGCAGAGCUGAAGAGGUUAGCUGCCGAAAGAGAAGAGGAACCACGUCAUUUCUUCGGAAAGAGCAUGAAGCUGUCUCCCAUUGGCCUAAGGGGAUCGUUGGCAUCUUCAAGCCCCAACAAUGACCAACAAAGAACCGCGAGGGCAACAGAGGCGCUCGUAGGGGUGAGCCGGGAUGGAAAGCCGUUGUGGACUGCAGUCCAGGAGAAUGCACCGAAAAUAGAAAAACAACUACAGGAAGAUCGGAGGCAGGGCGUUUAGCUAGAGUUGUCACUUGGCCUGCGGAUGAUUAGGCAGACUCAUUUAGAGUGACUCAGCAUUAUUUUUAUUUUCAUUCUGCAACAUUGCAUCCGGUUACUCCUUAUAUUGACGGCGAACUUCUGGCUCAUCAUGGACCUGUAAUUGUGACGGAAGACCGGGUGGUAAGGCGCAGUGAGCUAUAUUGCGUGAACGCCAUGUCUGGGCGCACCGGUAGAUUUCAUUUAUCUGAGACUUGGUAAGAUCAAUCGGAACUGCUAAAUAGAUCUUGCACUAGCAUUCGGAUGGCACAUGAAAUAUAUUUACCUAUGUAUAAGUACUAACAAUGCAACUGCGAGUA